GGGCACAUGGCUUCAGGCACCAGAAGGGCACAAGUGGCAGCGAGUACCUUUCCCUUCUCAGCUCUAUCACCUGCUCAGCAGCAUGAAGGUCUCAACCGCCGCCCUUGCUGUCCUUCUCUACGCCAUGACCCUCUGCAACCAAGUCUUCUCGGCGCCAUACGGUACUGACACCCCGACAGCCUGCUGCUUCUCCUACAGCCGGCAGAUUCAACGCAAAUUCAUCGUUGACUACUUUGAGACCAGCAGCCUCUGCUCUGAGCCAGGUGUCAUUUUCCUGACCAAGAGGAACCGGCAGAUCUGCGCUGACCCCAAAGAGACCUGGGUCCAAGAAUACAUCACUGAUCUGGAGCUGAAUGCCUGAGAGGCUUGGAGUCAUCAAGGAACCCCAAAACCUCCGUGGGUCCUAUGUGGAACAGGGACCUGAGCCCCGGAACAUUCCUGCCACCUCCAUAGCUUCAUCCCCUAUAAGCUGUUUGCUGCCAAGUAGUUACACCCAGGGAUUCUUAACCGGAAUUUUAAUUUUAAUUUAAUUUAAUUUAAUUUAGUACUGUUAAUUUAAUAUUAUUUAAUUUUGUAAUUUAUUUUAUUGCCACACUUGUGUCUGUGACCUUUCUGAAAGACCUCAGGGUACUUCCCUUGACACCCAUCCCCACCCCUCCCCUUUCCCUCCUUGCUCACACUGUGUGACAGCUAAGUGGCUGUUAACAGUAUUCUAGGUAGGCACGAAGACAAAGUCAUGAACUGACAAAAAUACAAUGGAUGCUUUGUCUCUACCAGAGAAAUAAUAAAUAUACCCUCAAUAAGUA